AUGGCACAGAGUCCCCACGACAUACCGUCCACCGAUCACAAUCAGCCACCAGGCACUUUUCUCCUUAUCCAAAAUGAAAUUGGAGAGAGCGAGAAUCAUGACCGACCCCAGAUUAUCCUGCACCCUGUGCCGUCGAGGGAUCCUAAUGAGCCACUGAACUGGAGUACAGCCCGCAAGACAGUGAACUUUACUCUUGUGCUAGCAGUAACGGUGGUGGUAUUCACAGCCCUGUCAAUCCAGGUAAUCUUCUGGCAGUUGAUCGUGUCAGAUAUGAACGUCACAUAUGCCCAACUCAACAACGCCAUGUCUGUCAACUUCGUCGGUCUCUCCGUGGGCUGCGUUCUCUUCAUCCCCCUUGCGAAGAAGCUUGGACGCAGACCUGUAUACCUCGUUUCGACGGCGAUCAUGAUGGCGGCUUCGUUCCGGUCUGCCUGGAUGAAAUCUCUGCCAGAGUUGUAUAUUACCAAUCUCUUACAUGGGCUGGCCGGCGCGACCAACGAGUCAAUCGUUCAGAUCACGGUUGCCGAUCUUUUCUUUGUGCAUCAUCGUGGAGGGGUCAAUGGGUUGUAUAUGACCAUGGUUAUGAUUGGGAGCUUCCUAACGCCCAUGGCUGCCGGGACGCAAGCCACGCGUGAAGGAUGGCGGGCAUCCUAUCGUGCACUGGGCAUCGUUAAUGCUGUUCUAUUCGGUCUUUUUAUAUUCUUCUAUGAGGAGACCAAGUAUACCCAAGUAGUUAUGGGCGUGAGCAGCAGUGUCCAAGCCGGCGACGGUCAAAAUAUCUCCGUCAAGGACAUCAAACCCGACCAUCAACCAGAUGUCGAGUGCACUACAAGCCGGCAAGAAUCAGAUACCGCUCUUGCGCAGCACCACGAGCUAGACUACACCAUCCCAUUGAAGACCAGGCGACAGAGACUAGCACUGGUGACAUACACCGCAGAGCCAAUCUGGCCAUACUUCUACCGUCCCUUCGUUGUCCUAACCACCUUCCCCGCCAUUCUAUUCUGCGCCCUGCAAUAUGCCCUCGGCGUGGUAUGGCUAACAAUCCUUUCCAGCGUACUGGGUCUUGUUUUCCCUCUCCCGCCGUACAACUUCACGCCUGAGCAGAUUGGGUUCAUGAGCGUUGGCCCGUUCGUCGGAAACCUUCUCGGGUCAGUCUACGGUGGCUUUCUGGGCGAUAGAUCCAUCUUGUUCUUUGCGAGGCGGAACAAGGGGUACUAUGAACCUGAGAUGAGGUUGUAUAUUCUGCAUCUCCCGGCUUUGACGUUGGCUGGGGGUUUGAUUAUGUUCGGGACUACAAUUGCCAGAGGCCUCCACUGGAUCUGGCCAAGUAUCGCCGGUGCGCUUUUCGGCUUCGGACUAGGCAGUAUCAGCGAUGCGGCAUUAACGCUGGUGAUUGAUAGUUAUCGCGAUGUAAGCGUAGCCUUCCUCCGCAACGCCAUCAGCAUCGGGAUCCCGUUUGCGAUUAGCCCGUGGCUAGAGCGCUCAGGCGCGCAGGAUAUGUUCAUCGCGUGCGGGUUUACCAGCUUGGCAGUUACAAUGACUAUUAUUCCGAUGGUUCUGUAUGGCAAGAAGAUGCGUAUGGUGACUGCGGGUCGGUACCGGGUUAUGGCUGGUUUGAAAGACUAG